CUAAUGGUUCUAAGUGCUAUUGGAUUUUCUAAGCAUCUAAGGUUGUUGCUGGUGUUAAGUGUUAUUGGAUAUUUCUAAGCAUCUAUACUUCUAUUAUUCUUUUUGCAAUUUAAGUUUGAUAUUGACCGAGAAGAUGAGAGAUAUGUUAACUAUGUCAAUACUUUAAUGGGCAAAGCAUAUAGUGAUUUUCGUCAUAGACUUCAUAUUCGCUUUUUGGAGUUUGAGACUAUCGAAGAAGUUAAACAAUCUACUCCUCCCUUAGGUGUAAAGGAAGUGGAUUGGCAUUGACUAUGUGAUUUCUUUGGCACCAACCCAAAAUAUCUUGUAUACGUGAUUAAUUUUUAUUAUAUUUACGGUUAUUACAUUAUACUUUCAAAUUGAUUAAAGGUAACAUGUGCAGCACCGUUCACAAGUAAACAAAAAAAAUCAUGAAAAUGUGCCUUAUAGUCAUUAUGGAGGAUCGAAACCCUUUUUAUAUCAUCUUCAGGAAAAAUCAAAGGUAUAUAUAUACAUGUAUAUUUUUGUCCAAAAUUCUCUGUAUAACAUUUAAAAUUGGCAAUUUGCUUGUUUAUUAAUUUUCUGUACAUAACAUUUUUAUGAACAACAGAAUUUUCUUGAAGGACAAACAUAAGGAAGGGUGGAAUUUUUUCAUGAUAUGCAUUAUCAUGAUAAAAAAUGUUGGAUCAAUGAGACAGCUCGACAAAGAUAUGAGGACAUGCAUCAAAGAUGUUCACAACUACGUGAGGAAGGAUUCGAAUCGGUGGAUGAGAAUGUGAUUGUUGAUGAAGUAUUAGGAACUACAGCUGGAUAUAUACUCGGCAUGGGAUAUGGUCCGAAACCAGCCUCAUAUUCUCAUAAAAGACAACCAUCACCAGGUGCAACUGCUUUGCAUGAGCGAUUGUCAAGUUUGAAAGAUGAAUAUGACUCAUAUAGGCAACAAAGUGAAGAAUGGAUGACAAUUUUAAAAGAAGAAUAUGACUCAUACAGGCAACAAAAUGAAGAACGGAUGUCAAAAUAUGAAGAAGAUAUGAGCCAAAUGAGAAAGUUUAUACGACAAAUUAUGGUACAGCACUCUUGCUCUGGUUAUGGUACAUCUAUUCAUUUUCCUCCACCACCUCCACCCCCUCCAUCAGCUGCUUGUUGACAAAGAUGGAUAUUUUCAUUUUAUUGUGGUAGCUUUUGGAUUUUUAUUCACGUGUAUGUUCAUAAAAUUAAAGAAUUCUCUCUUUUGUUCACUUACUUCUGUACAAUAUGAAAAUUUGUAUCAUAUUUGUGUUGAUAAAA